CUUCACUUCACUUCGUCUACUGUCUUUAGAACACACAAGACUCGAUCAAAGACAUCCAUACAUCAUGCCCGACCCCACAGACCCGCCCGCUCCUGCUCCCCCUCCCCAGGACCCUAUCAUGCGAUGCACGUCUCCCGACAACUUCAAGGAGGGAGAAGUCAUCAUCGCCGGCAAGCCCUGGGACCAGACCGAGACCACUCUGUACGAUACUGGCAGCGGCAGCGGUAAAAAGGACGAGGCUCCUCCCACUCCUGCGGACGCUGCCGCCGUUGAGGAGACUAAGGAGGGGUCAAAAUAGCCAGCCAGCCAGUCUUUUGAGGAACGGAUGGUAGUAGUUUUCUGAGUGAGUGUUGAGAAGUUUGGGGGGGGGGGGGUUCGAGGCGAGUGAACUGGUUGUGAGGCGGUGGUAAGGGGGGGCUUUGGGGGGG